AUGAGUUUCUCCAGUGACGCGUACAGCUCCAGCUCGUACCGGAAGAUCUUUGGCGAUGCCCCGCGCUCCGGGCGCGUGUCCAUGGCCAGUCCGUCCCGUGCGCACUCUUCCGGACUCCGCAGUAGCCAUCACCGCUACAACGCGUCUCCCAUGUCCAUGUCCAUGUCCUCCUCCGGGAUCCGCAGGAGCGCUGCGUCCCGCGUGAUGGCCACGCAUGACCCUCUGGAGCUGUGCGCGUCCACAGCUGUGACCAACGAGCUGAAGAUCGUGCGCACGAACGAGAAGGAGCAGCUGCAGGGGCUCAACGACCGCUUCGUGUCGUUCAUCGAGAAGGUGCACAGCCUCGAGCAGCACAACCGCGUGCUGGAGGCAGAGGUGACGCUUCUGCGUCAGCGCCACAACGAGCCCUCACGUCUGCACGAGCUCUACGAGCAGGAGAUCCGCGAGCUGCGUGCGCGCGUGGAGGAGCUGACGCACGACAAGAGCCAGAUGCACGUGGACUGCGUGCAGAUGAACGACGCGCUGGAGCGCUCCCGGGAGAAGCUCGAGGAGGAGGGCAGGCUGCGUGAGGAGGCAGACAACGCACUCAAGGGCUACCGGAAAGACGUGGACGACGCCACGCUCGCGCGUCUGGAGCUGGAGAAGAAAGUGGAGGCUCUGCUGGACGAGAUCAACUUCCUGAGGAAAGUGCACGAGGAGGAGCUGCAAGAGAUGCAGGCGUCACUGCAGGCCACGCAGGUGUCGGUGGAGAUGGACAUGGCCAAACCGGACCUCACGGCUGCUCUGAAGGACAUCCGCUCCCAGUACGAGAACCUGUCUGCCCGAAACCAGGCCCAGGCCGAGGACUGGUACCGCUCCAAGAUCACCACGGUGUCUGAGGCUGCGGCCCGCAACCAGGACGCCAUCAAACACACCAAAGAGGAGCUGACCGAGUACCGCAGGCAGGUGCAGGCGCGCACUCUGGAGAUCGAGGCUCUCAGGGGCCACAACGAAGCUCUGGAGAGGCAGAUCGGAGAGAUGGAGGACCGCCACAACCAGGAGAUCGGAGAGCUGCAGGACACCAUCCAGCAGCUGGAGGGGGCGCUGCGCUCCACUAAAGGAGAGAUGUCCCACCACCUGCGCGAGUACCAGGAUCUGCUCAACGUCAAAAUGGCUCUGGACAUCGAGAUCGCUGCCUACAGGAAGCUGCUGGAGGGCGAGGAGUGCCGCCUGAGCUCCGUGGGAAGCUCCGCCGUGCAGUCAGGAUACUCCGGCUUCUCCUACAUGUCCCCGCGCAGCUACACCCUGGGCGCCUACCGCAGGUCCAAGCCCGAGGAGGAGGAAGAUGAGGCUGAAGAGGAAGACGAGGAAGAGAAGGAGGGAGAGGAGGAGGAGGGAGAGGAGGGAGAGCAGGGAGAGGAGGGCGGAGACGAUGAAGAGGAGGGCGGAGAUGAGGGUGAGGAGGAUGAGGAGGAGGAGCAGAAGGAUAAGAAAGGCAAAGAUAAGGAUGACAAGCAGGACAAAGAGAAGGACAAGAAGAAGGACAGCUCUAAGGAUAGCCCUAAGGAAAGCUCUAAGGAUAGCUCUAAGGAUAGCUCUAAGGAAAGCUCUAAGGAAAGCUCUAAGGAUAGCGCUAGCUCCAAGACCAGCAAAAACUAA